AAGUAUAAUCUGAAUGGCGAACAAAACGCAAGUUGAAGCAAGUAUUCGUUGUUCACGGGGGGGAUUUCCAGGGUGUAUUUAAUAUUUUUGGAGACAAGGAAGUAUAAAAAUGAAACGAAGCAGCGAAAAAAAGUUCACCAACCUUCCUGUCCCAAAACAACUGAAAGCAAGUCUGUCUUCACCAACAUCUAAGAAUAAUAUGUUAGAAUCUGCUAGAACUAAAAGUCCUAGUGUAACUGUUGAAGGGACUAGCGCAAUGUCUUCAAGUAAAGAAUCAAGAAAAUCGUUAUCACCAUCCAGAGUUCCAGUUCCAAUGUAUGGAGUAAGAUAUAUCACAGACGAUAUGAUUAAAAAGCAGGCAAAGGAAGAGAAUAUGAAGCUGAUAACCCACCUAAACCUAAAUUUGUCCAAAGAUAUAGGCAUGAAAAAGAUUAAGUAUAUUGAAGGUUUGGAUCAAUUACAUCAACUACAGACAUUAAAUUUAAGCAACAAUAUGAUCGAAAAGAUGGAGAAAAUGGACAAACUACUAAAACUGAGAGUAUUAAACCUGUCUUCUAAUUGUAUCUACAAAAUAGAGGGACUGGAAAAUCUUAUCCUGCUACAGACACUUGAUUUAACUAACAACAAAAUCGAACAAAUUCCAUCCUGGCUGCCUAAAAAAUUAAAAGCUCUUCGUGUGUUUAGAAUUGCUGAAAACAGACUAGAUUCGCUGUCAGAAAUAUCGAAGUUAAAGUCUUUAUCUGACUUGCAUCAAUUAGAUUAUGGUAAAAAUCCUCUAGUAGAACUACCACAUCAUCGUUUAUUUAUUAUAUUUCAACUAUGUACUGUCGAAUUAUUAGACGGGCACCAAGUAUCAAGAGAAGAAAGAAAAACAGCACAAGAGAGAUUUGCUCAAGAAGAAAUGGGAAAACUGGAACAAAAGCUAGAAGUAGAAGAAAAGAAGAACAAAAAUUUGGAAGAAACUCACCGUAAAUCAGCAAGUGAAAUAUCAGUGAGGAAUGCAACUGCUGUGCAAUACAAAAUGAAAGAUAAAGAAUCACGAGAAAAAAUUAAAGAUUUAGAACAAGAAUUAAAAGUGAAGGAAGAUCUGCUAAAGAAGAAAACAACAGAUCUUACGAAGGCUAGUGAAAAACAUUAUCAAUUAGAACAAGAGUUGGCCUUUUUCAAAAUUGAUUCCAAAUUUGACAGCUUAGGAAAGAGACCAUUGGUUAAUGCGAAUGAGAGUGGAGAUGAUGGUGGGUUGAUAGGUGAAAGUCCAUACAUUGGGAAGGCUAGGUACAGCUCUAAUCAGUAUGCACAGGAGUCUUUCAUUUCUUCACCACAUGUCAAUCAAAUAACUCGUCAGACAUUCAAUAUUUCAACACCAGAUGAUAAUUUUGGUUUUAAUAAACUGCCCUCUGUCGAUAAUAAAUUAGUUGAGAAACAGAAAGAACUGGAACAGGCUGACAAGAAGCUAAAAGCUUUAAUGGAUGAUUUGGAAUGGACAGAGAAAAAGCUGCUAAGAGCUACAGCUGAAAUGAAAAAAAUGACAAAAAGUGAGACUCCAGAUCACUUCAAAGGAGAUGAAAAAUUUAAGAUUCGUCAAAGAUUAGCACGUAAAAUGUCUAAUGUGACAAAAUUACGAGAUAUGGCAACGCAAGUUGAAUCAGAAAUCGACAGGAAACAGCAAAAAAUUCAGGAAGAUAAAAAACAGCUAGGGAAGAUAAUGGAAGAACUUGGGAAACAGCCUAAAGAAAAUAAUCAGAAUUAUGAAAGAAAGCAGGCACUAAAGGUUGACAAAGAACAGCAAAUAAAUGAAUCUAAUGAAGUCUACAAGAAUCUGAAAGUUGAGUUAGAAGAUAUGAUGGAUAAUAUAGAUAGAGAAACAGAAGAAAUAAAAAAAUUAGAACAACAACUUAGAGAAGAUCAGAUUGAGAAUAAUGAAGAAAUGAGACAGGAAUUAGAUGAUGUUGUUAAUGGUUUACAGGAUUAUAUACAGAACAUACAGGAUCAAACUGAACUACAGAAAAAACAGUGUGAUGAUGUCACAAGAGAAAAAAAUAAUUUACAAGACAAAGUGAAACGAUUGGAACAGGAAUUAAGAAUGUUAAACAUACCAGACACUUCGCAAAAACACAUGAAUGAAGGAAGGUUAAAUGAAAGUUUAGAAGUUAGAAGGCUAAAUGAUGAAAUAAAACGACUUCAAAAUACUUUAAAGGAAGAAAAGAGGAAGUGCCUAGAGGCUGACCAGUUAGUAAUGGCAUUACAAAAUCAAACAAACAGAAAAGAAAAAGUAUUAUCCAAUAAAAUAGGAACUCAGACCAGUCCACAGAAUGAAAGAAGAUUAGAUAAUAGUUGGGAAGUUAAAAGACUAAAUGAUGAAGUUAGGCGACUUCAAGAUAGUUUAAAAGAAGAAGAAAGAAAAAACAUAGAGGCUGAUCGGUUGGUAAUGGCUUUAAAAAAUCAAACAAAGAAGAAAGAAAAUGUAUUGUUAAAAAAGACAGGAACUCAAACUGAUGAACGGAAUGAAAGAAGAUUAGAUGACAGUAGAGAAAUAAAGAGAUUAAACGAUAAAGUUAAACAACUUCAAAAUAAUUUGAAAGAAGCGGAGCAGAAACAUAAAGAGAAUGAAAGAAGGUUAAAUGACAGUUCAGAAGUAAAAAGAUUAAAUAAUGAAAUCAGACAACUUCAAAAUGAUUUAAAUAAAGAAGAAAGGAAACAAAGACAAAAUAUAUCUGCAUCAGGAAAAAUACGUGCAUCUUGCUCUGAGAGUAGUGAGAAAAGUUCUUUAUAUUCUGAUGAGAAAGAAUUAUAUGAAGAACUACAGAGAGAAUUGAUGGAGCUAAAGAGAUUUAUGAGAAAUAAGAUGCAAGAAGAUGAAAGACAUUUAGCUGAUAUGGAAACUGAGGCUGCGAAAUGGAGGUCCGAGGUACAUGAUAAAGAAGAAGAAUUUAAAGCAGAAAUAGAGAGACAAAGACAAGAAGCUGACUUACUAUGGGAAAAACAAGAAGCAAGAAUUCAAGUUAUAGGAGAUGAUUUAAAGAAUGCUGAAAGAGAGGCUGAUCUAUUACAGAAGAUCCUGGACGCCAAAGAUCAACAUCUACAAAAUGAAACACAAGAAGUGGAUCUCUUUAAUAAAGUUUCCACUAAACAAGAAGAAGAAUUGGCUCGUCUUUAUGAUAUAUUAGAAAGUCAAAGAAAUGAGAUUGAAAAAUUAAAUGCAUUGUUAGAUAAUUUAGCCCACAAUGGUCCAGAUAAAGUUGGACCUGGUUUUGAUGAAAAAUUAUGGCAAGUCAGGCAACAGGUUAACGAUUUAAAGGAAACUCUGGCAAUGCAGUCAGCAUACAUACAGAACAUGGAAAAAACUGAAAAUGUAGAAUCUGGCAUCCAGACAGAUUAUAUCCCGCAAAAUUCAGGAGUAUCAUUACCCAUGUACAGUAAACAGACAUCGAGACCACAGGAGGAGAAUCUGAUAAUCAAUAAUAUACCAGGCGCAACAUCAUCUCCGAAACACAUUCCAUAUAUCUCUAUGUCACAACCAUUCUCUGAUAAUCAAACUUAUUUACAAUCUAAUUCCCUUAUACAACCUAAACAAAUUAUGUCUUCUUCCAAACCUUUCUCUCAACCACCAGUUUCACCUACAAGACAUCGCUCACAUCAAAAGGAUAUGUAUUCACCUUUACACGAGCCACAAUCAAAUUCACCUUUAAAUGAGCCACAAUCAAAUCUUUCUCAUGCUCAGCCAUUGUUACAUCAACCAGUCUCAUCUACUAGACAUCAUCCACAUCAAAAUAAUGUACUUCAAUCUGUAUAUGAGCCCCAAUCAAACUUAGAUGAGCCUGACCAUACUAGUAAGAGAUCGCCACUGAGACCUAGUCAAGAAACAUUGUUACCCUCACAAGAAAUAAAAAGGUCUCCAAACCGAGAAUUAUUCAUAAACCCUAUUCAACAACAGGCAAUUAAUAAUGGGUUUAUUAAACAAAAUAAAGGUAGAUCUAUCAGAAAAUUGAAUUUUCCACCAGAAAAAUCUGCUUCAACACCAAUAUUUAAGAGUGUUAAUGAAUAUCCAGUGACACAAAGAGAAGAAGAAACCAGAGAAGCAGCAAUAAAACUAAUGAAUAUUAAAGAUCAUGAGAACAGGCCACUUCAGUACAUCAGCCAACCAAAUCUUUCUACACAGUCUGCUUUUGAACGUGUUCAUAGACCAGCACCAUAUAAUCCUAUACAGAAUGUACUAUCUCCUGGGGUAGAAACAAGUCAUAUGAUACCACCUCCUUCACCACACACCCCAUACUAUCUUUCUCAUCCAUCUGCUAAAUCCGUUUCUGGAAAUCAAGAAAAUAUUGCUACUAAUGAUGACUAUAGGCAAUAUGUUACACCUGCUGUAGCUGGCUACCCUAUUAAUCAGCCACUACAGUCACCACACCAUUAUGGAUACCAGGUUCCUCGACCUCAAAACUAUGUUUUACAACAAAGAUCUCGACAAACAAAUGCUUUUCACCCUAUACCAAAGGAUCAAGCAAUAAAUGAAAAUUAUAAUCCUGAAAUGCCCUAUCCACACUAUGUAUCGGAUAAAGUAUAUUAUAGUCCUCAAGGUAAUAAUACUGUGUAUGUCAGGCAUAAAAAUAGUGGUAGAAGAAUAAAGAAAGAUCAUUAUAUGGAAGAAUUAAGACCAAUAGCUAGUGGUACACCUAUAAAAUAUGGUCGACCCCAUAUUGUAUAUGAAGAAAGUUGGACAAAUCCACCUAGUCCUAUUCGUAAAGUAAUAGAUACUCGACCCCAUGAAGAAGUUAUUACUACAAGUUAUGAUGAUGAGGAUCAUCUCUUCUGUAAUGUAUCAGAACAUCAUGAACUAGAAGACAUUCAGCAUGACCUUGAAGACAGAAUAAAAUCCCUUAAAAAGAGGAUAAAAAGUCUAAAAAAUGAGGGUGUGAAAGAAAGGCAGUAUUUUGAGGAAGAUUAUCAUCUUAUCCUUAGAUUACGGAGAGCAUUAGAGAAAAGUAGAGAUGAACUCAUAGAUCUAGACAAGGCUAUUGGAAAGAAAAGGCAAAACUUGAGAGAGAUAUGUAGAGAAGAAAGUCAAUUGAAAGAAGAUAGUGUAUCUGCUAAAAUAGAGCUGCAAUCUCUGAAAAAGAAUAAUGAUAGAAUCCUCGCUAAGGAGGAGGAAAAAGCUACAAUGGAUAGACUUCUUGCCAAGAAGUCUCAAGUUUACCUACAAGAGGAGAUUAAGUGUUUGGAAAAAACCUUGAUUAAACGUAAAAGUCAGCUACAUGAAACGCAACAGUUGCUGAAAGAAUAUCAAACUGAUUUAUUACAAGCUAAGGAAAAGCUUGCUGAAACCGAUGAAACACGCAAUAAAGUAGAAGAUAAUCUGAAAGAUACAAUAAAAGAAACUGAUGAAAUAGAAAUAAGAGCUAAUCAAGCUGGUGCAGAACUAGUAAAAAUAUUAGAACAACUCGCAGACACAAAGUUACAACUGCAAGAUUGUAAACUACAAAGACAACAUGAAGAACACACUCUUAAAGAUAUUAAAAAGAUAAUGAGUAUUAAAGAUGGGGAAUAUAAAGAUCUUCAAACUAAAAUUGAACAUUCUACACAGGAAUUCCAUAAACUACAGACUGAUCUGAUAACUGCUACAGAACAGGAAAAAAUUGUUGUAGAUACAUUAAAAGACAGUGAUGAUUUACUAACUAAACGAAGAAUUGAAUUAUCCUGUAUGAAUGACCAGUUAGAAAGUCACAGGUGUGAUGUUGAAAGUUUGAAUCAUGAGUUAUGUAAAGUCAGCACAGAAUUGAAAUAUAUAGAAGAUGAAAAAGAUCGUAAACAAUCAGAAUUUACCAAAGUGUUAAAAGAAGCUGACAUACAGUUAGCCAAUAAACAUAUAGAAAUCAGGGAAAAGUCUGAACUAGAACAGCUAAGUUUUGAAAUAAGACAUAAAAGUUCAGAAGUGGAAAGAUUGCAUCAAAUAUUAAGUCAGAAAAGAGAGGAUGUAGAACGUUUGGCAAAAGAAAGAAAUUUGAUACAAGAGAGAAUUAGUGCUUUAAAACAAGAAAAAGAUAUGAUGUCUGAUAGCUGUAAAACUUUCGAUGAGAAAAUGAAACAAUUAAAAAGAAACCAUAGUGAUAUGGAAGAUAAAAUCGAAGACAAAUCAAAUAGAUUAGAUAGCCUGGAUAGAGAAAUACAGCAGAAAGAAAAGGAGAUGGGAGAGUAUAUUAAACAAAAAAAUAGUUUGAUCAAAGAAACACAAAGUCUUCAACACCAUCUUAAAGAAUCAAAAGAAGUUAUGAAAAAAAUGCAAGAAGAUAUUGUUGUUAUGAAGGAGAAGUUAGAUACAUCAGAAAAGGAUUUAGACUAUAUGUACCAACAACAAAAUCUGGCCAGGAAAGAAUUAGAUGUAUUAAAUAGGUCUAUAAAAACAAAUAGAGCUGUUAAUGAUGGUUUGGUGUUAAAAGAAGCCAAUGAAUUAACUGAUUAUGAAGAACAGUUAAAACUAACAAAAGAGUUAGAAGAUGAGAAAAUGAAAAGAACCGCAGAAAAGCUCACACUAUUACAGAAACAAGUUCGAGAGUUAGAAUCUGAAUUGAAAGAGAGAAACCAAGAAAAAAAUGAACUGGCUAAAGCACUAGCUAUGUCAUAUGAGGAAUUACAGAAAGCAUGGAAAGUCAAAGCUGAGGAAAACCAAACUCAAGAUGACAAAGAUAGAUCUAUACAUACUUCUUCUCAAGACAAAUGGAAAAAACAGGCUGUUAAAGAACAACAAGAACAAGAACAGGACUAUUUAAGGUACCAGUUACGACAGCAGAUGCUACGAUAUGCCGAUUCAAUGGAGAAAACUCGUCUUGAAUCUGAAGUAACUGUGAAUGGAUUAAAACGGAAACUGAAUAAUUUACAAGAAGUGCUCUUCAAUUCAACAGAAUUAGAUGAUAUUCAGAUAACAGAAAGAACAACAAAGUCAGGGUCCUAUAGUCCCUCAAGAUCACCUCGUUUGAUGGCAAGAAGAUUACCUAUUCAGUGUGAUGAUAAGCAGGCACCUCAACCACCUGAGUAUUAUGAUCAAUAUCUACAAGAAAUACAUUACUGAUAGGCGGUAGAUAAUUAUGGAUCCAAUGGUACCAAAGAUAAACAACAAGUUCAUCUAGUUCUACUUGCUCUACUACAUGUGCCGAAGAGAAAAAAACACAACCAUCAACAGACUAGUAUAAAAAUCAUUAAAUGUUAUUUGUUAACUAAAACAAGUUGCAAAUACAUUGAAAUUAGUUUAGGUUUUUGUUACUAUACACACAUAAUAUAUAAUCAGGGCAUAGUUAAAUAUAUAGACUGAACAUAAAAUUGAACCAAUUGGGACCAACUGAAAUAAUCCAUUCCAAUAAACCAUUAUUUGUUUAAAAUCAAUUAUUUCACAAAAUACGGUAGUUUUUGGCAUCAGUGUUUAGGUUGAAGAGUAGGGUCAGGGCUCACGCUCACACUGUCGGUCGCCAAAGUCGCAAGUUGCUUUAACAAUAUGAAAGUAGCGAUUAAAAUUUGAUUUUGGCAAUAACGUUUUACGGUACUGGCAGAAAAAAAUCUUAAAAUUAUAAUCGUAUUUAUCCUGGAUUUACCAUUACAUUGAGUGUCAAUCACGUGGCGGAAUACUAUAAAUUAAUCAACUGGCUGAAAAUCCUGAUUGCGUCAAUGUGUAAUACUAGUCUGUUGUCUUGAAUUAUUGAUUAGUUGAUUAAUAAUUGCCAAUGAUGUAUAUAAAGCCUAUGAUGUAUAUAAAGCCUAUCUCGUCAUUAUUUACUCCUAAUGGUUAAUCCAAGCGGUGAUUAUUCGUCUGUAAGAGAAAAAAAAUAUUUUGAUAGUUGAAUUCUGUUUACUGUGGCUUCAUACGACAGGUAAAAUAUACAAGCAUGCCUGUCGGAUAUUAUUAUUUUAAAUUAUAUUAUCAUCACAGGUCGGAAACGUAAGAACGAGUUGAAUAGCGAUGAUUCUUGAGCGAGAGAACAGUUCGCCAUUUGUAUCAUAUUACUGUAUCCAAAAUGCUCUAAAAGUGAAUGACGAGUAUAAUUGUAAGCAUCUUAUAUCAUUCUAUCAGGGAUUCAGAUUCUGAUACCUUUACGGUACCUUAAAACAUCAAUAUGCAUAUUGUACACGCAAAACAUAAAUUUAUAGAAAAUUGCCAAUCCAUGGAUGGGAUUUGACAUGUAAAUACUGAAAAUAUAUUAUGUAGUAUGGUGUGCAAAUAAACUUAAGUCACCAAAAUUAAAAUCUAAUCUUAGUAAAUCAAAACUGUGCUAAUGUAUUAUGUAAAGGCAAAUUUUUUAAGUUGAUGUAUAUUGUAAUGUAUUAUUAUACAUCGGUAAUUGUUUUAGAAUAGGCCUAUCUGAGACAUAAAAUUGUUACAUGUUGUCUAUUUUUAGCACAGUUUUGAAAGAUAAAAUAUUACUGUUGGUGAAAAAAAAAAAUAUAAACAUAUUUUUAUAUAGAAAUUAUCAUCCAUUUUGGCGGGAAAAAAAUUGAAAGCCAGUGUGAGCGCUGAGAAGGGUUAUAAACAUUGAAUAACUAAUGUUAAAUUAUUUUCUAUAUAUUUAUCAGUUGUAUUAAUUAUCAUGUUGUAUUGUUAUUUUCCUGUCUCAAAUGUUCAAAGUAUUAUUUGUCUGCUAAUCUUGUAUGUUUGAACUAUUAUUUUGGAGUAUUUUAAAGGUAAAGUCCCAGUUUUCCUAUACAAAUAAGGCACUUAAAAUGUAACAAAUUGGCCUGUUACCUUGUAAAGAAUUUACCUAUUUACCUUGUUUGAAAGUUUUGCAUUCAAAAUAUUAAAUUGUUCCGAAAUGAUUUGCAAAACAAGUUAGGUUUUUCAUCUCCAGUAUUUUGUAGGGAAACCUGACAACACUGGCUAUGAAAUACAGUGUGGACUGUAAACUAUUGGAAGAGUUGAUUAAAAUGCAGCAAUAACCUACAAUUUCUAAUACCACUGUUAUGCUGGAAAACAACAAAAAUAUGAAUGAAAUGGGGUUUAAUGUCCUACUGUUCUGCUCCAAAUGGGCUAAUGACGUUGGGCAUACACCAUGCUAUGAGGGAAAUUUUGCCUGGACAGCGGCACUACGGCCUACUGUUAUAUUGAAUUCCACAUGCCAAGGGUUCUUUUACAUGCACGCCAAUGUGUACACAGGAAAACACCAAAAAAGUUGGUAGUAUAGGGAGAAGUUGCCAUUGUACACACGCGUCAGAGACAUAUCCAGGUAUAUCCAAAUUGAUUAUAGCCAAGAAGCUAGUCUCCAACUACCCUGUAUGUUUGUAUUUCUUUGAAAAUGUAUUACAGAUUUUUGAAUCAUUGCUUGGGAUUAGAACGAAGAGUUCUAAGAUCCUUCCACACAGUAUCAACCAGUUUUAUCACUAAAUUAUGUCAGGAAUUUCUCCUUUAACUACCAUAAUACAUGUGUUGAGGACAGAGGCUUUUACCUUUACAAAAAUUGUUAUUUAUGUUUACGUUAUAAGCUUAUCCUUUAUAAUCUGUUUUCAGUUAAUUUUAACAUUUAUAUUUUAGAUGUAUAUUUCCAUUAUUAAUGAUAUUUCCUCAUCUGUGAUAUUUUUCUCUUUGCUAUACUCUAUAUUUAUAUUUACUUGCAUAUUAAAAUUGUAUUGAAAAUUG